AUGUCUAGCUCGUUACGGAUAGCCGCUGCAAAUACUAGAUCUAUAGUUAGUGAUGACUAUGCCUCAACUCGUCGCCCAGAUGAAGAGUACAUGAAGGAGUAUCAGGCCCUAAAGGACCAGCUCCAAGACAACAAUCGGAAAUGCGGGGCGGUGGUGGCGGCUUACCUCUUGCUAACCGUGGAUGGCCAGGCCGCCCUGUGCGCUCUACUGGGGAGUGCCGCAAGCUACGCCUACCUCUCAUGCCUGUACCGGGACGUGGAUAGCUACCGGGGGGACACGCAGGUGCCCAUGGUGGAAGCGGAUAAGGUAACUGGCGAAAUCGAAAACACAUUUAUCCGCCGAAUGGCCAAGGUAGGCUGCGCAUACCGUCAGGCGCUGCAACCCCGUCUGCUGGUGCCUGUGGCGCUGGCAGGGCUGUCUGCCGCCUACAAUCAAAUCGUGGGCCCGGAGCGCGCGCUGGAUUUACUCCACCAGGGCUGUCUGCUAGGCGGCUUUUUGUCAUAUAAGCUGGCCCUGCUGAUCAAGCUGGCGGAUGACCUGACACCCAAGACCUACGUAGACUCCACGGACACACGGCCUAGAUUGGAGCCCAUUGAGGACGAGCUGGACAUGUUUGGCCGCCCCAAACGCCGCACGCUGCGCAUGCCCACGGAGGUUCUUCCAGAAGGGGUGGAGGCGGACAAGGUGCCGCUGGCAGGUCUCAUAAUGGCCGCGGACGGCGACACGCCGGUGCAGCCAAGCAAGCUAGACGGCGCAUCAAAGGCAGCGACGACUGGAGAGUCGCCGAGGUAACCGCAUGUGUGCGAGGGAGAGGGAGGAGGGAGAUUAUAUGCAAGACGCGGGGGGGGCAUUGCAGGAGGAGGAGAGAGAUACGAGGUGAGGUAGGAAAAGGAAGGGGAGAAGAUAUUACUUGGCUUUGCUGUUGGUGCCUGCUGGUGAUGCUAUCGAUGAGAUGUUUAAAUAAGACUUGGACGGCUUGCCGUGGCGAUUUAUUGCGAUGCUGAUGCUGCUCGACGUGAUGGUGAAUAAAAAAAUAGCUUUUAGUUGAGUCGCACAAAUUUUUGGAUGUUGGGAAAUUCCCAAGGUGGAUGUUGGCAUGUCAAUGAUACGUGGUGAUGGAUGAUUAGUGCCGCAUGCUUCUGGCUACUACGGCCUGGGCACAGGUCAAACGAACCAAAACUGGUCCUGCGUACUCCUAAGCUUGUUCGCCGUUCCGCCAUAGUAAUAUCG